AUGAGUUCUAGACCUUACAGACCCGGCCCCGGCGCCGACAUGUACGAUGACCAAGAAUAUUCGAGCGAGUACGGACAACGUGGAGCGCCUGGAUAUGAUUCCUAUCAAUCGCGGAAGGAUAACUCAAUGAGUCCUCCACGAGGACAUGCUUCUGGCAUACCAUACGACUCGGAGCACCCAGAACGCCCAAAUCGAGACGAGCGCAAUCAGUAUGAUACCAGAUUUGAGCGUGGUUAUGAUAGGGCGAGAUCCAGAUCUCCGCGCAAAGAGAAUAGAAGCCGUUAUACGGAUCGCGAUCGCGAAGGAUAUAGGUCCCCAGCCCGUGGAAGAAGUGGCAGCGGUUCGCCUUAUCAUGGUGAACCACCAAAUCGAACGAUAAUCUUUGAGGGAAUUCCUCUAGAAAUGACACAGGAAGACAUAUCAAAAGAAAUUCAAAAAAAUCUUAGAGUUGAGGGUGUGGAGGAAGUCAGAUUGAUCAAGGACAAGAAGACUGGUAUAUCACGACAAUUUGCGUUUGCGCAAUUCUAUACCCUGCUAGAAGCAAGACGAUUCCUCGAAAAACAUUACCCAUCAGUUUCAUUCUACGGUCCUUUGCAGACAUCAGAACCAACCAAAGUCAGAAUAGCUUACAGUCGCGAGAAAAACGAUCAAGAACGGACAAGCAAACAUGAGGAUGAUUGGAAAUGUGAAGUCUGCUACACAUCAAAUUAUUCAUACCGAAUGAUGUGCUUUAAAUGCAAUGGACCCAGAACUAGAUCAACUGCUCAUGGUGUUGUUGUGACACAAGGACAUAUGUCUAGUUACUCAGGAUUUGCUACGACCGGAGAUAGUGAUGCGUCUCCCGACGAAAUCGCUUCUCAGUUUCUCUUACUCAGGGGCCUCGAACCUGGUGUAACGGAGGAACUUCUUGCCAAGGGAGUAAGCAAACUUUACAAGACCAAAGCAAACACAACAGGGGACGCACAUGUCGUCAAGAAGACGAAAAUUUCAUCUACUUCCGGUGACGCCUCACUUGGCGCAAAGGAAGGCUCUCUUCGACGUGUGUUACUGAUUCGAAACCGCAAGACGAACGAUAGUUGGCGCUAUGGUUUUGCAGAAUUUGGUUCGGUAGAGGAUGCACAAAACGCUUUAGCCAAGUACAAUGCUACGGAAAAGUUCACCAUAUCUUCGAAGCCAGUUAUGGUUUCAUACAUCCAUGCCGGAGUAUUUGUGCCUGUUCUUGACGUGCUAGACGAGGAAACCGCGAGGUUCACAUUCAGUCCUUUGUCGAACUCUGCGGUCAAUUUGAUGUACUGGGAUGCUACGGCUUAUGCUAGCGAGUUUUCUACCGUACUCCCAGAAGCUCCAGUUAAGAAAAAGAAUACCGAGCGAGCUAGAUUAGCCACCGCCGCAGCAAGUGAGGGACUUGUUGGUGGCAAAGAAGGAGAAUUUCGAGCCAAGAAAAGAAAAAUCGAAAAGGACUCGGCUGCUAGUGCUAAGAAGGUUGUGGCACCACAUCUUCAAUUUUGGACCAAUAGACAUGCCGAGAUUCAUGGUCUACCCGCGAAAGAUUUCGAAGAUGAUGAGGCUGACCUCACUGUUACAAUUCCAAAAUCGAUAUCAGAACCCCAUGCAGAUGCUCCACCCAUUCAGUCGUACGCAGAUAUGAACCGCAAAUGCUGUCUGUUGUGUGCCCGCCAAUUUAAGACAGAAGCAGAAGUCAACAAACACGAGAGAAUCAGUCAACUUCACCGCGAUAAUACGAAGAAUGAAGAAUUGGUCUCCAAAGCUUUAGCCAAGCUCAAGAAAUCUACAAAUGACUCAGCCUCAAUUGACAACUCCGCUUACAGAGAUCGCGCAAAGGAACGCCGCCAGGCCUUUAAUCAGCCCAAGCAACCUGCUGCUCAACACAAUAAAUCCAAGGCCGCAUCUUCCAUGUCCACUCCUCCUUUGCAAAAAGAAGAAGAAAAUGAACCCACAGCACCAGCACAAUCCAAAGGUGCAGCACUCCUAGGUAAAAUGGGUUGGAACGCAGGAGAAGGUCUCGGUGCCCAAGGUACGGGAAGAACGGAAGCCAUUGCAACGGAACUUUAUACACAGGGUGUAGGUCUGGGAGCCGAGGGUGGCAAGCUGGGUGAUGCGAUAAAGGAAGCAGAGAGGCAGACAAAAGGUGAUUAUAAAUCAUUUGUGGGGAGGACGAAAGAAAAGGCUAAAGAACGGUACGAGACUUUGGGUUGA